GUUCCACCAGGCCGGGCCCGGCGGGCGCCGGGAGUCCGGAGCCCGGAGCUGGCUGGGAGCCGGCAGAUCUGCGGCGGAGAGGUGCCGGCGCUCGGGCAGGAGCUGGGCGGGAGCGGCAGCGGCAGCGGCAGCGGCGGCGCAGGUGGCCUGGGUGAAGACUAAGACGUAAACAGGCGCCGAGCACGUGAUCGCUUCGCAGACGAGUGGGCUGUGCUUCCCUCGCCCCCGCAUCAGGGCGAGGACCUCCCUCCCCAACCCUGGGCGAGUCUCCGAGGUCUCCUGUCGGGCCGUAUUCCAUUCUCCGCCUCAAGAAAUGUUAAGCCUUCCCCCUGAAAUGGGAGCACAACGCCCCCUGGAGUCCGGGUAGCGCAGGCCUGGAGACUCUUGGGCUCGGUGGGGUUACCUGGGCUCCUUGCCUUCCUUCACCCGAACGAACACGUUCGUGGGGCCCUCAUCCCGGAAGGUAUCGGAGGAGGGCGCUAUUUCGGGUGGCAGUAUACGGCAGCUCCGGCCCCAUACCUCCAGUCUGGGGAGCAGCUGCCUGAGAGCCGGUGGGUCCCUUUCCUACCACCACCCCUCCUUGCAGAACUGGGAGCUCCUCCCUUCAACUGUAGGAGCCGAAAACCCACUCGUGCGAGAGUGGGAGUCCUCCUUUCCCAGAGAAUGCAUAAAGGUUCCCCUGGAGGCCCUUGGCCAGGCCUGAGCCUCUGUCACCAUGGCCAUUGUGCAGACUCUGCCAGUGCCACUGGAGCCCGCUCCUGAGGCCACCACUGCCCCACAAGCUCCAGCCAUGGGCAGCGUGAGCAGCCUCAUCUCAGGCCGGCCCUGCCCUGGGGGGCCAGCUCCUCCCCGCCACCAUGGCCCCCCUGGGCCCACCUUCUUCCGCCAGCAGGAUGGCCUGCUGCGGGGUGGCUAUGAGGCACAGGAGCCGCUGUGCCCAGCUGUGCCCCCGAGGAAGGCCGUGCCCAGCACCAGCUUCACCUACAUCAAUGAAGACUUCCGGACAGAGUCCCCGCCCAGUCCAAGCAGUGACAUCGAGGAUGCCCGAGAACAGCGGGCACGCAAUGCCCAUCUCCGCGGCCCCCCGCCCAAGCUCAUCCCUGUCUCUGGAAAGCUGGAGAAGAACAUGGAGAAAAUCCUGAUCCGCCCAACAGCCUUCAAGCCAGUGCUACCCAAACCUCGAGGGGCACCAUCCCUACCUAGCUUCCUGGGUCCUCGGGCCGCCGGACUGUCUGGGAGCCAGGGCAGCCUAACACAGCUGUUUGGGGGCCCUGCCUCGUCCUCUUCUUCCUCCUCCUCCUCGGCUGCUGACAAACCCCUGGCACUGAGUGGCUGGGCCAGCGGCUGCCCGUCGGGGACACUGUCUGACUCCGGCCGAAACUCACUGUCCAGCCUGCCCACCUACAGCACCGGGGGUGCAGAGCCAGCCACCCACUCCCCAGGCGGGCACCUGCCCUCCCAUGGCCCUGGGCGGGGGGCACUGCCCGGGCCAGCCCGAGGGGCCCCUACUGGGCCCUCCCACUCGGACAGUGGCCGAUCUUCCUCCAGCAAGAGCACAGGCUCCCUGGGAGGCCGUAUGGCUGGGGGGCUCUUGGGCAGUGGUGCCCGGGCCUCCCCUGACAGCAGCUCCUGUGGGGAGCGCUCCCCACCCCCUCCUCCGCCCCCUCCCCCCCCUUCGGAUGAGGCCCUGCUGCACUGUGUCCUGGAAGGAAAGCUCCACGACCGUGAGGCAGAGCUGCAGCAGCUGCGGGACAGUCUGGACGAGAGUGAGGCGUACGAGGAGCGGCAGCGGCCCUGGCCUCGGGAGCGUGAGGCACUGCGGGACGACGGCUUCACCCAGGCGCAGCGGGCACAGCGGGCCCAACAGCUGCUCCAGCUGCAGGUGUUCCAGCUGCAGCAGGAGAAGCGGCAGCUGCAGGACGACUUCGCGCAGCUGCUGCAGGAGCGGGAGCAGCUGGAGCGGCGCUGUGCCACCUUUGAGCGGGAGCAGCGGGAGCUUGGGCCUCGGCUCGAGGAGACCAAGUGGGAGGUGUGCCAGAAGUCAGGUGAGAUCUCCCUGCUGAAGCAGCAGCUGAAGGAAUCCCAGGCAGAGCUGGUGCAGAAGGGCAGCGAGCUGGUGGCCCUGCGGGUGGCACUGCGAGAGGCCCGAGCUGCACUACGGGUCAGCGAGGGCCGGGCUCGGGGCCUGCAGGAGGCGGCCCGGGCUCGGGAGCUGGAGCUGGAGGCCUGUUCCCAGGAGCUGCAGCGGCACCGCCAGGAGGCCGAGCGGCUCCGAGAGAAAGCCGGCCAGCUGGACACCGAGGCGGCCGGGCUCCGGGAACCUCACGUGCCCCCUGCCACCGCUGAUCCCUUCCUCCUGGCAGAGAGCGAUGAGGCCAAGGUGCAGCGGGCUGCCGCUGGGGUCGGGGGCAGCCUGCGGGCCCAGGUGGAGCGGCUGCGGGCAGAGCUGCAGCGAGAGCGGCGGCGGGGUGAGGAGCAGCGGGACAGCUUCGAGGGGGAGCGGCUGGCCUGGCAGGCGGAGAAGGAGCAGGUGAUCCGCUACCAGAAGCAGCUGCAGCACAACUACAUCCAGAUGUACCGGCGCAACCGGCAGCUGGAGCAGGAGCUACAGCAGCUCAGCCUGGAGCUGGAGGCCCGGGAGCUUGCUGACCUGGGCCUGGCCGAGCCUUCCCCCUGCAUCUGCCUGGAGGAGAUCACCGCCACGGAAAUCUAGGGCCCUUGGCCUCCCAGAUCUGAGGGAGGUCUACUGCAGGGGAGUGGGGGCAGGAGCCUCAGGUCUGCUGAGGUCCCCAAAGUCUGAGAGCCCCAGAGCUGCUUGUCCCCUGGGUUCCAGGCCUCUGGGCCUCUGCCAAGAACUUGGAGCUGCCCUGUGACCCGGAUGGGCGAGAUCAAACUCCUUGAAGGUCCCCGUUUCACUGUCACGCUGAGGCUCCUACUCACUUGACCCAUUUCACCCCCACUUCUACUGCCAUUGCCAGUCUGCCAACAGCAUUACUCCCCGGAUGCCAGGGGGCUGGGAAGAGGAGGGGGCUCCCUCAUCUCCCUCAUUUCCACACUCUUCCCUACCCCAAAGCCAGAGAGACCCAGACUGCGCCAGCUGCUUCAGAUGUGCCUGCCCCCACCCUGCCCGUGUCGGGGGACAGGGCUGGGACUGGGGUCUGAUCCCCAGGCUCCAGCUCUGCAGCCUCUCUCCUGGAGUGAGGGGGCUGUAGUCAGACCAAAGGAAGAACUCAAAAUUGUCUUGUUUAUUUGUGUUUGUGACCAAGUGGCCCCUCCCCACACCCAGGUUUAUGGCCUCAUUUUCACUUGUAUAUUUUUCCACACUGUAAAUUUCUUGUACAAACCCAAAGGAAAAAAAUUAAAAAAUUUUUUUGUUUUUAAAAAAA